AUGCCAAGAGCUGCACCAACCCCACCGUCCGCCGCUGGAUGGCAGAUCUCAAGACCUCUGCCUACCAAGCCGACCAUGUCCUCGAAAACUUCCGCUAUGCGGCGCUGUGCCGAUGACCACAUCCGCGGCCCCUCCUCCGAAAUGGAGCAUGAUAAGCAAGCGGAGAAGGAUUAUGAAGAGGAGGAAGAGAAUGGGGAUGACGAGGAUGAGCAAGGUACUCUGUUUGAGGAGGAGAAAGAUUCUUCUCAUUUUGAUGUCAAAGCGCUAAGUGUUAUGCUAUGCAAAAUUGCAUUGUUUGGCUGUCAACGUUCAAUAUUUUUGUUGUAUAAAGUUCAAAGGAGGAGCUGUCCAAAAUUCAAAAGCCAUGAUGUUCAAUUCUUUCUUAGUCAUAUAUAUUUGUUCCAUUUCUACAUUUUUCUUAGAAGAAAGCUUAUUUUUUCAUCACUAUGA